UGUAAUUGGCGCUAACAAUUAUUUAAACCACCUGUUAGUUCCAAAAAAUUCCGCUAAUGGUGCUGCUAUUUAGUGAUUACAAAAUGGCGGUGCAGAUCAGAUCGUCGGUAGACUCGAGACAAUGCGGAGGUGUGUAGCCGUCUUUUGGCCAUGUUCUAUCGUUGGUUUAGUGAUAGUGUUGUGCUAAAAUGAGGUUUGUGGAAGAAAGACUCAGUCUGUCGUUUUAUGUACGACGAUGAGUCAAAGAAAUUGGCAUGUGUUCGCUUAACAGAACAUUGUAUGCUCGUGCAGCAAUCGCGUGAAGAAAUUACAGUGGCUUUUCGUACGCGUCGGAGUCUGUGACACCCGCUAGCCUAAUGGAGCUGCGUACUCUUGCUAUCCCGUUGGCUUUGUUGACAUUCGUCGUAUUAGCUAGUGCAAGUGGAUUGUAUUUUACUAUUGAGCCACAGGAUGUGGUGGUUGAACAAGGAGGUCCUGCUAGAUUGGAUUGUGAAGCAAGAAGUGAUUUUGGGAAACCAAGUAUACAGUGGCGAACUGAUGAUGGUCAACCAAUUAAUUUUAUUGGAGACAGUUAUCGAUCUCAGCUAGCAAAUGGAUCCUUGUAUAUAAAUAGUGUUUACAGCAGUAACUUGGAAUUGACUGGAAGCUAUCAAUGUUUAGCUUCUAUAGAUGAUGUUGGAGCUAUUGUUUCUAGAGUAGCUAUGAUUAAACUUGCAAGUUUGCCAGGAUUUGAAAGAGAACCUCAAGAUACAAUGGUUUAUCCAGGACAAAUUGCAUAUUUAAGUUGUACGCUUCCUGCAACUUCCAAUUCACUGACAAUACAAUGGUUAAAAGAUGAACAUCCUCUGUUACUUGAUGAGAGUAGAAUGACAAUUUUACCAUCAGGUGCAUUAGAAAUUGAUGAUGUUAAUGUACAAGACAUAGGAUCAUACAGAUGUAAUGCCAGUAGCUAUGGGCAACAUAGGCUCAGUAAUAAAGCACAAUUAGGGUUAUUAACAAGUGAUAUUGAUCAAGAAAGUACACCACCAGUUUUUAUUGCUAAGCCAUUACAACAAGUGGCUAUCGAAGGAUCAACAGUCACUCUUGAAUGUGCUGCUAAUGGCUAUCCAAAGCCAAGCAUACUGUGGUUAAAAGAUGGUGUUGCAAUUGAUUUAGCACCUCUUAAUUCUAGAUAUAGCAGAAUUGCUGCAUCCAGUCUUGUAAUUAAUAACGUACAAGAAAUCGAUGAUGGUUCUUAUCAGUGUCGUGCGGAAAAUGAAGUUGAAACAUUAGAUGCAGCUGCUGAUUUAAUUGUACAAGUCCCACCGCGAUUUAUUAAGAGACCCGAAGAUAAGGUAGCUAGCGAGAAUCAAGAUUUAGAAUUCGAAUGUGAAAUUUAUGGUAAACCAGAGCCAAAAGUUACGUGGCUUAAAAACGGAGAACGUAUUACAUUAAAUGCAUAUUGGCAAAUUGUUAAUGGAUAUAAUCUUAGAAUUAACGGCCUAUUACCUAUAGAUGCUGGAAUUUUUCAGUGCAUCGGAACAAAUUCUGCCGGAAGUGUAAAGGCUGCAGCACGGCUAACAAUUAGUCAGCCUAAAAAAGUAACGUCCCAUAAAACGACAACUCCAAAAACAACUCCUAAGAAAAAGUUAUUACUGCAUCGUCAGUUGUACAAUAAAACAUGGCAGCAUCCCAGUACUCUUUUAGGACACACGUUAUCCGCGUUCACACCUAAUCCACCGCUUUCCAUCAGCCCCUCUGACGAUCCCGCAGAUCUCCCUGGAUCUGUUAAAUUUCCCAAUUCCCUUUACGAUCCGAAAUCCCAUUUUGUAGAUGACACGGACAGCCUAGAAUCAAUAGAAGGCAGUGUCCCGUCAGCACCAAGGAAUUUGAGUCUCGUUAUUGUCACCGCCAGAUUUGUAACUUUACGGUGGCAAGAACCAGAAAAUACAAACGGAGAAAUUUUAAAUUAUUCUAUUUACUAUAAACAAGAAGGUGUUCAAAGAGAACGAGUUAUUAAUACACAACAAAAACUAGAAGCGGUGAUACGAGGAUUGCAACCAAGUAUGACGUAUCAGUUUCGUGUGGUUGCAUCGAACGAAAGAGGUUCUGGAAUGUCUAGUGAAGUAUUGCAAGUCACUACACAUACCGAGGCCAAUGUUCCUGGACCUCCACUGAAUUUAGAAGGUCAUGCUACAAGUAGUGUGAGCAUCGAGUUAUCUUGGGAAAAACCACAAGUUGUUAAUGGCAGAAUUUCUAAAUAUAUAAUUACAUUUGUAGAGGGUGACAAUGAAGAAAUAAUACGUGAAACUACUAGUACUAUGCACGAAUUGGUAGACCUCGUGCCUUAUACAGAAUACAAUAUUAAAGUUCAGGCUGUAAAUGAAAAUGGUCCAGGCGUAUUUAGCAAAGAUAUCGUAGUACGAACGUACAGUGCCCAACCUACUCAACCACCGCAUAAUGUUACAGUGGAAUCAGUUAGUCCUACAAGUAUUAUAAUUAGAUGGGAGCCGCCAUUGGAAGGACAAAAUGGAAUUAUUACCGGUUAUAAAAUUCGGUAUCGUCGGCAUGACCGAGGCUCGCAGCCGGUCACUAUAACAACCGAAGGAAAUCAACGCUCACGAGUGCUCACAGGACUUGAGAAACACGUUGUUUAUCAAGUUCGCAUAUGUGCCUUAAAUGUGAAUGGAACCGGACCUUGGACGGAAUGGAUACAAAUAGAAACUUAUGAAACCGAGUCAGAUGAGAAAAGAGUACCAAAUACACCCAGCAAUUUAAGAACAAAGGUAAUGUCGGAUUAUAUACAAGUUUUUUGGAACCCACCGAAAGAUCAGAGCAUUAAAGUAAAGGGAUAUAAGCUUGGCUGGGGAAAAGGUGUUCCUGAUGUCGAAGUACGACUUCUUGAUGGAAAAGAACGUUCUUUUACAAUAGACCAAUUAGAACCGAUGACAGAGUAUGUGAUAUCUUUAAGAGCAACGAACGAUGCUGGUGAUGGUCAACCAGCAUAUGCAAAUGUAAGAACUACGGAACGUUCUGUGUCUGAAUCUUCUGUGCCUUUAAUACCGCCGGUUGGUCUUAAAGCCGUUGUUCUCUCUGACACUACGGUUGUACUAUAUUGGACUGAUACUACUUUACCGAAAAGUCAAUUUGUAACGGAUAAUCGAUAUUACGUUGUUCGCUAUACGUCUCACCAUCAUAGCAGCAAUCCACGUUAUAAAUAUCACAAUGCCACUGAUCUUAAUUGCAUGAUAAAUGAUUUAAAACCUAAUACACUGUACGAGUUUGCAGUUAAACUUGUUAAGGGGAAACGAGAAUCGCCGUGGAGUAUGGUUGUUUCCAAUCAGACUCAAGAAGCUGUGCCUAGUUCUCCACCAAGAGAUUUGACAAUUCAAAGCUUAGAAGACCUUUCUACUUCUGUUUUAUUACGUUGGCAACCUCCUAAACAGCCCAACGGACCAAUUACAGGGUAUAUAAUUUUUUGUUCGACCGACAACACAAAAUGGGAUCGUGAUUGGUCAGUCAAAGGUGUUCUUGGCGAUAAAACGGAGUUUGUCGUGGAAAAUCUUAAGCCAAGUACAACUUAUUAUUUUAAGAUUCAAGCACGCAAUUCAAAAGGAAAUGGUCCUUCCUCUGCAAUUGUCUCGUUUAAAACACCUCAGAAUGUACCAUUAGAUGAACGUGGAUUUUCAAAUAUAUUAAUUUAUAUUAUUGUGGGUUGCUCCAUCGUCCUCAUUACUGGUGUGGCAGUUGUAGUUGUAGUCAUAUGCUGUAAACGCAAUCCGGAUACUCCGGAUCGAAAGAAAGGAUAUAUGAAAGAUACGAGUCAGAAGACAAAUAUCAAACCGCCAGAUUUGUGGAUUCAUCACGAUCAGAUGGAACUUAAAGCUCUCGAAAAAUCUUCUAUAAACGGAGAAGCAUCUACAAGUGGUGUGGCUAGUAAUACAUUACCCAGAUCAAGUAAUCAGGAUUAUAAUCAAGAUACUGUACAUGGAAAUUCUAGUUCGUUGGAUAAACGUACUUACGUGCCAAGUUACAUGGGUAACACUGAUGAGAAGUGCUCAACCCUGAGUAGACAGCAUAGUCGAGGAAGCCACAAACCUAAACUCAUUACACUUCCUGUUGACAGUGCAUCCUUACAUCAGCCUAUAGCGACUGCUACACCGAUCGUAAAUACGAGUAUGUCACAGCCAACGAUUCACACUUCAUGCAGUGAUACACCAUCCGUGAGACAGAACUAUCCCCGAACAGUGGCACAAUAUAGUUUAAGUCGAGCGCACAUUACGUUAGAACCAACGCCGGAAUCGAGUCCAGAUUCUUGCAACAUUUCAGGUUCUUAUGAACCAAUGCAAGGCCAACCAUUGUCAUACGGCGCAAGUGGUCAGUCUUACAGUGGAGGCACUCAGUACUCUUCGGGUCAUUAUAGUAACAGUAAUCAACCGUCGAGUUCUAGUGGUGCAGCUGAUGGUGGAAGCGGUAGUAAAAGGAUGCAAGGUCAUCCUUUGAAAAGUUUUAGUGUGCCAGCACCUCCGCCUCAGUCUGCACCUUCGACACCAGCUCAACAAAAGCAUGGUGUAUCUCAAGUAACUGUAAGACCUACAAUGUCCGGUAGUCCUUAUAAGAAGCCGCAAAGUACUACCCAAUUAGCAAAAAAUCGAUUAGCCUCAGUUUCAAAUCCGGUGCAUACUUCGGAAGAGGUUGAACGGUUAAAGCCUUCUUACAGUACAGAAGAACUAAAUCAAGAGAUGGCUAAUUUAGAAGGUCUUAUGAAAGACUUGAAUGCCAUAACAGCAUCUGAAUUUGAGUGCUAGAAAAGGUUCCUAAACCUUGUGCCAUCUCAAUUCAAUAGACUGCAAUGAUACAUUCUCAAUGUUAGUACCUGAGAGAUAGGUGUAAUGAUCACGUUACACGUUGAAGCCCUUGACGAAAAUUCACAAUUAGGAAGCGAUAUCAAUGGCCGAUGAACGGUCUGGAGAUCAAAUUUUUCAAACAGUUGGCAUGAAAAUUAUACUACCAGUGUUAUCGGACUAGAAUGAGUUUUUCCUAGUCAACUUAGUUUUUCCUCCGGUACUAACGUUGCUUUCUUACGGUGAAACGCAAAGUAUACUUGCCAAUGUAUUUUAACACUACCGCAUGGUUGUAGUAUAUUUGUAUUUUACAAGAACGUGAGUGGUACGAUUUGAAAGUGUCGACGGAAAAAACAGAACAUUUUAUCGCGAACGUUUAAUGCCUGUAUUUUUGUGCAUACAAUGUGUGCGAGUCGAUCGAAACAGAAGAUCAGUGAUAAGUUUAAAUCUUAUCAAAAAGAACCAUCCGUGCGAUUAGGAUAUGUUAAAUUAAUAACCCAAUGAAUUUAUAGUAAGAAGAAACGGUUUUAACGUUUUUCCAAUACUUAUACAUAAAUAAGAUUUUGGUAAUCUUGUGGUUACCGUUUAUGUGCUUCGAUAAAAGAAAUGACGAUCUUGCCUAAAAAAGAACAAUUCGUACUACAUCCAAAAACUCACGCGUUCUUUGCCAUGUUUUUGUAACUUACACUCGUAAGAGUACAUUUUAUACACCAGUAAUAUCGACUGCCAUACUUACGCUUAGGAUGGCGAGAUCACGUGAGUCCUUUAAUCGAACAACUUUAUGGUUCAUUGCGUAAGAUGAACGGUACAAAUAUUUCUUCUAUUUUUUUAUCCAUCGGAAUUUUUCGUAACGUUGCAUCAAUUUUGAUACUAGGUUUUUACAUGGUACAGUACUUUCGAAUUAGUUAAUUUAGUAUUAAUCGAUUAGAGAACAACAGGUUAUUAAGGUGUUUCAUCGAGAAGAAGCAGGUCAUUUGUGAACUUUUACUAAAUGUUGCCUGUGAUUAUAUAAAUUUUAUUUAACUACCUGAGAUUCUUGCGUACCGUCAAAAUCGUAAUGUUUUCGGACAAAUAUGAAACGGCCUUAUAAUGUUCGUAUUAAGUUGCCCUAUACUCAGUGGCUUCGACAGCUUACUGUAAAGAACACUCGUGUUUCAUUUACAGAAGAACUAUACGCGUAUACUCUUAAAGCAACAACGUAGUAUUACGAUCUCAUUGAAAAAUUAGUUUAGGAUUACGAGCGAACAUCGAGUAUGGGUAUUAUGAUAGGCUGUAUGAGAGGUAUCAAUUUAAUUUUCCUGUAGGUAGUGUGUAUCGAUACACGAACGCGAUAAAACGAAGGAAUGACGAUAAUAAUUUUGGUGUCGAUACGUUUGCACUUUCGAUAGUUCAUUUAUUUUAAAUGAAAACAUUACGUUUCUAACGUCCAAACAAAGUACGUGCGUCGGUCUAGUAGAAUAAAUUAAAUUGAGGAAUCGUCAUUAGAAAUAUUUUUUAACGAAUAUAUACAAAUUGUUAUUUGUAAGCUUUGUACGUUAUUUUAUGUAACGACGUUUAAAAACAAAAUCAGCUAUCUAAAGAUAGUUUGUAAGAUAUAUGCAUGUAUUUUACAAGUUUUUCGUAUCACUCGAUAUUACCAAAUCGAUAACAUUUUACAAUGAAUAGAUUUCAAAUAGAACAUUAAGCUACAGUUUUUCACCAUAUCCGUCGACGUACAUAGGAUGUUUCUUUCCAGUGUUAGAAAUUUGUUACAUAAAUUUUGUACACGUUUUAUUACGAUAAACGUCUCUGUAGUAUUAAUAUGGAUGAGAGACUCUCAGAUGCAGGAUAAAGUAACGACUAAUGCGACAUACUAAAGGAAAAUGAAAAAUGCGAUCAGGUAAUUGCGCAUGUAGUAUUUCGUACUAUACCACCAGUUUAAGCACCUUUGUAUUUUCCUAAUGUUGAAUAUAUUGUACAAAAAGUCCGCUACACGUAAAGGACAAUGCACCAAGGUUCCCGUUGUGGCAAAGUUUAAUACGGAUAUAGUACAAAGCAAUAUGUGAUACUCUUUCUGUGCGACGAGAUGCUGGUCGAGAAUCCACGAAGAAACAAAAUAAACGACUCGGAGUAUUGCAUAUUACUCAAAUAUUUGCCGUUAGACGGGAGGUACCACUCAUUUUGGAGCAACGCGAGAGCGAACGUCAGUUCUUUUGUCGUCGGCUUAGCUCGAUCGAGUGUAACGAGAAUUAGUAUUAAGGUAUUUGUCCACGCACGAUUUCAGUUCAUUCCCUUAAAUUACAGACUUUCUAAAUGUGAAAAGGAAUUUACAAAAUGAUAUACAGGAAUAAUUCUAAACAUUUUCAAACGUUUUUAUAUUAAUAUUUUAUAAAUUUUUACGAACAGCACAACGGAACUGUUUGAGCUAUACCGAUAAAAAAAGAACAGCUUGUAUAUUAAGUAUGAGUAGUGUAUAUAUUAUAUACACGGAUAUACACAUAAAAUUUGUAAUUAUUGCGCUAUUCAAAGGGCGAUAAGUCCUUUGUAAUUAAAAUGAAUGGGCCUACGCAAAGGCCUGUGGAAAUAUUUUACCACAAAAGUAUAGUAGAUAUAUAUAUAAAAAGUAUAUAUUUAUCUAUGUAAUUAUUAUUUAUUGAUCUUUAUUGUAUGCUGGGAAUAUUGAGGAUAAAUGAGUAUUGCGAGAUGCUAGAGGCUGGUUGCUUUUAAUCAUUUCCAUUUACAUCAUUGUGAUCAUUGCUAUCAUUGUCAUUAUCGUUGUCACUUUUCACGUCAUUUGUAUCAUCGUCCUUUAUCAUUCUUCUCUCGAAUCAAUGUCUUACGGAUUUAUUAGAGUUAAUAUCAAAGUUUGACGAGAAUCGAAAUUAGUAAAAAAGCUACAGGCCACUGAUGUAUAUAGAUAGAAUGCCGCCACUUUACGAAGUAAUUAAGUAUUUAUAUACAUAUACAUAUAUCCAUUAUAAAAUAUAAUUAUUAUAUUUGUACAAUACGUAUAAGGCAGCCAUCUCCAGUGAAACAUUCAUAACAAGUGUGUGAUAAUAUUUGUAAAACUUGAUAUCCAAUAAACAAUCUUAUGUUCUUUAUAAA